AUGACGGGCCGGACCGCGACGGUUCCGGCGAUCAGCGCGCGCGGCCUGGGCAAGCGCUUCGGCCGCAUCGAAGCGCUGGCCGACCUUUCCCUGGAGCUGCGCCGGGGCGAGGCUCUGGGACUGAUCGGCACCAACGGCGCAGGCAAGACGACCGCCCUGACAUUGCUGCAGGGGCUGCGACGGGCCGACACCGGAAGGGCCGAAAUCUUCGGCCAUCCGGCCGGCUCGGUUGCGGCGCGCCGCCAUGUCGGCAUCACGCCCCAGAAUGCCGACUUUCCCGAGCAGAUGUCGGCGCGCGAAGUUCUGGCCUACGCAGCCGCACAUUUCGAACGGCCCCAGCCGGUCGGCGAACUUGUCGCCGCGUUCGGCCUGGAACGGCUGGUCGACCGCCGCAUGGACGGGUUCUCCGGCGGCGAGUUGCGGCGCGUCGCAUUGGCCCUCGCCUUUGUCGGCAAUCCCGACCUGGUGUUCGCCGACGAACCCACCGCCGGUCUCGACACCGGUGGGCAGGACAUGUUCAAGGCCUAUGCGCGCGCCUAUGUGGAAGGCGGCGGCAGCCUCUUGCUGACAUCGCAUCAUUGGGACGAAAUCGAGCAUAUCUGCGACCGGAUCGUGAUGAUCGACCGCGGCCGGCUUUUGCUCGAGGGGACGCUCGACGACAUCCGCCGGAAGGCCGGGCGCAACCGGAUCAGCUUCAGAAUUGCCGAAAGCGCGCCCGUGCCGUCUUGGCUGGACGAACACUUCCAACGCGAGGGCCAGCGCUGGAGCGGUGUCUCAGCCGACAGCGAUGGCCUGGCCCGGCGCCUCAUCGCCGACCUGCCGGCCCUGCAGGACAUUCACAUCGAACCGCUCGACCUGAAAGAAACCAUUGCCCAGAUGCAAAUGGAAAGGACGAUCUGA